AUGUCUAUGUGCGACGACACUCUGCUAUGCAACUACCCAAAGUGUCGGGCGAAGCUGUGUGGGUUCGCCUGGGUCACAGCUUGCUCUCACGCCUUCUGUGACCAACAUGGAUCCGGAGAGUUCAGCCGCUCCCCGGCAAUAUGCCCAGCCUGCUCCUCUGCACUCUCUGGAAAGCUGGACAUCGUGCGCACUGAGUUGUCGCCAUCUGAGGAGUACAAGGCCAUGGUGUUGGCGGGACUGAGGCCAGAGACAGUGCUGGACAUAAGCGCCCGUGCCCUGGCUUUCUGGACUUACCAGGUGCACCAGGAGCGUAUGUUCCAGGAGUACAGUCUGUCCCGGGUCGAGGGUCAGGUGAAACAGAUGGAGAAGGUGCUGACCCAGCAGAACCAGAGCAGAGAGCUGGAGCUCAAUGCCAUGAGAGGGGAGGUCACCUCACUGAAGAAGGUGAUGGAGGAGUACAAGAGGAAGUACAGUGAGGUGUCAGAGCGUCUGAUGGAGAGGAACAGACAGUACCAGAAGCUACAGGGGCUCUAUGACUCGCUGAGGCUACGCAACAUGGUGGUGGGGGACAGAGAGGCACCACGCCAGCCUGGACCCCCGGAGUUCAACACAGGGGUGGUCAGGCAGCCCUCUCCCCGAGGGAGUCCUCACUUCCUGGGCAUGGGCCCUGAGGGGGACAGCCGCCUUUUCUCCUCCUUGGAGCCCGAUGCUGGAGCCAAGACCUUCUUCCAGUUCAGCUCUCCUGCCAGAGACAGGGGCCGGGCCUUACUCAAGAAAUACUGA